UGUCAAAACUUGUAAAAUGGAGGAAUUUCAAUUUAUUUUAUAAUGCUUGCUUUGCAAAUAAAUGUUACUGUAGACGUGUAGAGGUUUGUGAUUAAGAUCAAUUCUUGCUCAAAGUGUAUUAUAUAAAUAUGGCAACUUUAAUCGAUAAAAUAGAGCAAUUAAUUAAAAGAGAGAAGACAACUCCAGAACGUAAAAAGGAUGACACCAAAAAAUCUUCGAAUGAAAUUCUUUCAGAACUUUUUAGUGCUUUCAACGCUGAACCUCCUAAAAUAGAAGAAAUAAGUAUUAAGAAGGCUAAGAAAAGUAAAAAGAAACAUAAAAAAGAAAAGAAAAAACGAAGUCGUUCUUGCAGUAGCACCAAUUCAGAUAGUGAUUAUGCUCGUAAACACAAGAAACGAAAGAAAAGCAAAACGAAAAAACAUAAAGACCGUUCACCAUCGCCGUACCGUUCCAGAACUCCGGCUAAAAUCAAAAAAGACGAGAGUACUCCAAAAAUUAAAAAUGAAGUCAAGAUUAAGAGUGAGUCUAAAAUUAAGGAUGAGUUUAAAAUUAAACGUGAAGAAAAAUUACCUAGCAUCAAAACAGAGGAUAAAAGUGUACGAAGUUUAUCUCCGCCUAUCGAGACUUUUGAUGCUAGUCUUAUCCCAAUGCCAGACUCACCAAAAGACAUGUCAAAUGACCAAACUGAUUUAAGAUAUAAGUUAGAUAAGAAACAGGAAUCUGAAAAUGAUAAAGCCAAAGGUAGAAUACAAAUUAAAAACUUGAAAUUUAGUGCUGUGUUUGAGGAAACUGUGAAAAAAGCUGAGGAAGAGGCUAGAAAAAAAGCCGAAAGGGUUGAAGAGGGUGAAUAUACUGACUCCUCAAGUAGCUCAGCCAAAGACGAGGACUCCAAUUCACAGUUUCCCAAAUCCUCAGACCCUGGUGGGAUUUUAAAGAAAGCUGCUGAAGAAGUCAAAAUCAAUGAAGAAGAAAUCUUGAAGAAAAGCAAAGCUGCUGAAAUCGUACAUAAGUCUUCCCAUAGAGGUAGAAGUACAUCCAGAAAAAGGUCGUCAAGUAAAAAGCGUUCACGAUCGCGUUCAACGUCCCGCCGUCACCGACACAGAUCGACGUCGCGGUCUAGAAGGCGGAGUCGGUCAAAGCGAUCACGCUCGAGACGCAGAUCCGAGUCCAAGUCUAGGCGGAAGUCCAGGUCUCGCAGCCGACACAGGUCCACGUCGAGGAGCAGACACUGGCCAAGGCAUACUUCUCCACGACACAGGAGUAGAAGAUCGUCGAGCGGUGUGAAGUUAGCAGACAGUGAGAAGAAGCGAUUGCUGGAAGUGGCCCGACGUAACGCUAUAAAUAUGCUGAAGAACGGAGCAGUGCCCGCGGGGGCCGCAGUCUUACCACCUCACACAAGGAACCAAGUCAUGGCUGCUAUACAGUCUGGAGGUAAAUCAGUAGAUGAGUUGACAGACUUUUGUAAACAUCUAUCGAAGAAGGAGGCUCUCGGAGAAUUGUCAUCUGUAUCAUCUAACGACGAUAAUAUGAGCGAGAACGAAGACACUAUUGCGUUCCAUCAUCCAUUCCUUGUAAAGGAGAAAGCACCCAUUGUCAUGAAUAUCAGAGGAGGCGCACCCCUACCCCUAAAGUCUAGUUCACUACCAUUAGCUAAUAAGGAGGAGUUGAGGCUACAGUUUCCCGUAUCAUCCGGAAGUCAACAUAGAGAAAAAGCAUCUGAAUGGGUUCCGGUGUCACCUAAAAAGGAUAACAUGCAAAUCGCAAAGUUAAACUCAAAACCGGAAGCAAAAGCACAAUUGGGAUUUGAUCCAUUAUCCAAAAAGUCGGAACCACUAGCGUUGCCUGCGCCGCCUGUAAACCCACCCGCCUAUAUGAAGAGUUUUACAACGGGGAGUCAGCUAACCUCAGUACCUGCCAUAACUGCUCCGGGACCGCAAUAUACUCCAGAGAGUGAAAAUCCUGCUGUGGAUGUGGCUGCCAUCGUUUCACAGAAGCUGCUAAUGAUUAGGAGGGAACAAGAACAAAAUGAAUUGGAUACCCCGAGAGGUUUCGGUUGGUCGUCGAACCCGUCGCUCGGGCAGUUCACGGGCUCGACGGGCGCGCACAUCCUCACGCCGCGCGAGCUCGCGGCCGGCUCGCAGGCCUGGGCCAAGAAGGAUCAGUUGGUGAGAGCUGCCCCGGUGGAAGGUGGUAUGGGAAUGCACCUUCUCCAGAAGAUGGGUUGGACUCCAGGUCAGGGUUUGGGUAAAGAGGGCACUGGUACCCUUCAGCCUCUGUUGCUCGAGGUCAAGUUGGACACGAGAGGCUUACAGGCUAAAGAAGAGGUCAGUAGCCGGUACAAUAAAGGAAUGAAACCCAUUAGAAUGUGUAGACGCGGCCCGGCGCCGCUCGUGGCCGGUGGCAAACAUCCCGUCUCACUGCUUGGGGAAUACUGCUCAAAACAAAAACUAGGACCACCCGAAUAUAAUCUGUGUUUUGAGUGUGGACCAGAUCAUAAAAAAAAUUUUCUUUUCAGGGUAAAAGUGGCUGGUGUGGAAUAUCAACCAGCUGUAGCGAGCGCAAACAAAAAGCAAGCAAAAGCAGAUGCAGCACAGCUGGCUCUACAAAAGCUUGGUAUUGUGACAUGAAAACUGAUUUAUAUGUUUGUAUUAAAUAGUGUAAGUAAUAAUAAUAGUAUUAGGAUUUAUACAGCAAUAAA